UGAUAAUAGUCAAGAGAAAAUCAAUUGAGUAUUAACUGGUUAGAUAUUACUUUCAAUGUAGACUUUUAUUCCGUUUUCAUUCAAUCGAAAUCAAGACACAUAAGAAUAUAAUUUCUGAAUCCGUUUAGCAAUGGCUUUCAAAAUGUUUACUAAAAAUGUAACUUUUUUUAUUCUCUGUUUGAACUUGAUAUUUAUAUCUGGUUCAUUUGGGUGUCAAGUGAAGAAGAAUACGAAAACAGACAGUUUUGUUUGUGUUUGUAAUCAUGAUUAUUGUGAUCCCUUACCAGUUGAACCAUUCUCAUCACCUCAAUCAUUGACUAUAUUCACAACUGAUAAAUCAUAUUAUCGUUUAACCAAAUCAGUUGUAUCCGAAUCCGAUCUUAAGGUCAACCAAUCCUCGGAUAUUAAAGUAACUCUCAAUGUCUUUGAUCGUUUUCAAUCAAUAAUUGGAUUUGGUGGAGCCUUUACUGAUGCAGCUGGAAUCAACAUCAAUAAACUAACAAGUGACGCUUUAAAAGAUCGUUUGAUUGCUGAUUAUUUUGGAAAAGAUGGAGCUGAAUAUAAUAUUGGUCGAGUUCCAAUUGGAGGAGCCGAUUUCUCUGAUCGAAUUUAUUCUUACGAUGACGUUGUUGACGAUUUUGAAUUGGAGCAUUUUGCUUUAGCUGAUGAUGAUCAUAAUUAUAAGAUCCCAUACAUCAAAAAAGCUAAGGAACUGAACAGUAAUCUCAAACUAUUUGGUUCUCCUUGGGCUCCACCAGCUUGGCUUAAGACUAACAAUGCUUCUUAUGGACUGGGAAUGUUAAUCGGUGAACCUGGAAGCAAAUAUUGGAAAACAUGGGCUAAUUAUUUUGUUAAAUUUUUUGACAGUUACAAAGAGAAUGGUAUCGAAUUCUGGGGAUUAACACCGCAAAAUGAGCCUCCUACGGGUUUGGCACCAGGCUUCAUUUGGAAUACUUGUGGAUUCUCUCCAGAGAUGAUGAGAGAUUUCAUUAAAAAAGACUUAGGACCAAUAUUGAAAGCUGCCGGUUAUGGACCAGAUAAGAUUAAACUAAUGAUUUACGAUCACAACACUAAUGAAGUUUAUUCAUUUGCAAGAAGUAUUCUGUCUGAUAAAGAAGCGGCUAGUUAUGUUUCUGGUGUAGCUUAUCAUUGGUAUGCUGGUCCUAGUGCAGAAAACUAUGAUAAUUUGAAAAAACUGCAUGAUCAAUUCCCGGAUUACUUCCUUAUGUCAACCGAAGCAUGUGAAGGCUGGAUGAGAACUGAUCCAGAUGCUGGAGUUAAACUUGCAAAUUGGACUCGAGCUGAGACUUAUGCCAAUGAUAUCAUUGAAGGACUGAAUCAUUGGUCAACUGGUUGGGUUGAUUGGAAUAUGGUAUUAGACACAAAAGGAGGUCCUAGUUGGGUUGGAAACAUUGUCGAUGCUCCAAUAAUAGUAUCUGAUGAUGGAACUGAAUAUUACAAACAACCAAUGUUCUAUUCUUUAGCUCAUUUCAGUAAAUUCUUGAAACCAGGAUCACAAAGAAUUCAUUAUCGAAUUGAUAAAGGUCGAAUGGAUGGCGUUAAAAUGACUACCUUUGUGACCCCAACAAACGAUCUUGUUAUUAUUGUUGUCAAUACAAAUCCAGAUUCGGUUAAAAUUACAUUCAAUGGAGCUGGACCAACUAAGUUUACUCUUGACUUUGGUCCAAGUUCAAUACAAACUAUUGUCAAGUCAAUAUGAUUUUGAACAUUUUAGAUAAAUUUUUCCAUUAUGAAUCAGACAUCAUGAUAUAAAAUAAAUGCUUAAG